AUGGCGGCGGAGAGCAGCUAUAGGGACCUCUUGGCCGUGGGGCCACUGCUGGAGCCUUCCCCGACAGAGUGUCGCUGGGAUAACCGUGAGAUGGCAGCGCAGGUAGUCCGGGAGGGGAGGGCGGGCUGGAUGCUGGGCGCUGAGAUCCAGUUCAGUAUUCUGAGAGGAUACAGUGACAUUGUGAGCUCCUGUCACUUUUGCUAUGGAGACACAAAAAUACUGUCAUGCGCUUAUGAUAAAAUAGUGAAGCUCUGGGAUGUCGAGAAAGGUUUUCCUAUUCACAUUUUUGAAGAACAACACACUGGCCCAAUUUCUGAGUGCAGCUUGACUCCUGAUGACAGAAGGUGACUGUUUUCUGUCUUAAUAUCGUCAUAUGAUAACACUGUCAAGGCUUGGGAUAUGGAAACAGGAAAAAUGCUUUGGACAGCGGAACAUGAUGGCGUUGCAACUUCUUGUAAUAUUUCUUAUGAUGGUAGAUAUGUGGUAUCUAGUUCUGACAGAGAAAUUGCCAUACAUGUUUUUGAUUCAGUAAGUACAACAGUGGUGGCACACAUCCGAGGUCAUCACAAAAGUACAAUCACAAGAUGUUGUUUUGAUCCUGAUAACCAGAGAGUGACUUCAGUAUCAUAGGAUAAGACUAUAAAGCUAUGGGAUAUGAUAACACAAUCCACCUCAAUUACAAUUAACAAGGGACACAGCAAUGCUAUCUCAGAUUGCUGCUUUACCUCUGAUGGUCAUUACUUGUGCACAGCAUCCUGGGGCAAAAGUUUAAAAAUAUGGGAUAUAAACAGAGGAGAAUUUCAGUGUCGUGAACCUGUUUCCCUGAAUGAAGGACAUGAGGGUUCUGUUAGUUCCUGCGUUUUUAGCCAAGAUGCAUCCCUUGUUGUGUCUGGUGGAUAUGACAAAGCUGUAGCUAUAUAGGAUACAGAUGCAGCCUAUAAAAAGCUAAGCUUAAAGGGUCAUUGGGACUGGGUGACAGAUGUUGCCAUCAGCAGAAACAAAAAAUGGGUUCUUUCAGCCUCAAAGGAUUCUACUUUGCGAUUGUGGAAUGUUGAGAAGAUGGACGAUGUACCUUCAGUGACAGAAAUCAGAAAAGAAAGAGGCUCAAAAAUUGCUCAGUGUGAAGAUUGUGAAAGACCUUUCUUGUGCCUGCAACGUAGUGACUCUCAAAUGAUAUCCAAGUGUGUCUUCUGUCGUCUGCCUUCUCCACUGAGAAAAAUUUUGUCAUUGCCACCUUCUGUUUCUCCUGAUCUUUAA